AUGACAGGAACAUCAACAUACCAAAAGAUUGAAGAUUAUUUGAUUAAACUUCAUGCAUCGUUGAAUGCACAACAACAACAACAGGGGUCGGCUGCAACCAGCUACUCUGCCAUGGAUAAUGAUGAGAUGUUGAUUGACGAGCUGUCCAACAUUAUCAUGAAAGAGUUGGUCGAUGAAGAGAUUGGUCUGGCCGCAUCACUCUUGUUUCAAGGUGACCACAACAUACUCAAGUACCUGACGAAAACAGGCAACUACUCGGUCAACAAUAGUACAAGUGCUAAUACAAAGAUCGUAGUCAAAAUCAAAUGCCAACUCUUGCAGCUGACAACCGACUUUAUCAAGAAUUAUAGAGCUGCAUGUACUGGUUACAUUGUAUCUAUCAAGAAUCUAUGUAUCAGUCUCUUUAGAAAAGACCAAAGUCAAACUGUCCAAGCACUCUCUUUUAAACCAAUUCAAAAGAUCCUCACCAAAUCAUUCAAUUAUCAAACCAAACAAUCUUCAAUCAAAGCUGAAUUAUUUGGUGUCCGAGAUAUGACUGACAAAUUAAUUGAACAAUUUACAUGUGGUAAAUUAUCACAAACUGUUAAAGGAGAGAUAUUAAUUACAUUGGGAUUAUUUUCAGAACAUUUCCCAUCGGUUAUUAUGGAUUAUAAUAAUCAAUUGGCAACUAUUUUAAUGGAGACACUUGGAUCACAGUUAAAAUCAAAGGCACCAGAGACUGUACUGAUACUGUCUUCUAUCAAGGCAUUGGAUUGCCUGCUUGUACAUUUUAGUGGCGAUUUUAUGAUAACCAACAACAAACAUGUCCAACAACUCUACCACUAUCUGUUUAUUUGCACCGACCCACAAUCGGCCGGUCAACGAUUUGAAAUCCCUCGGUCUGCAAUGCAACUCAUCAAUCAUCAUGCGCCACUCUUUAAACAAUACCUCACAGAACAGAGUGAGAAAAUGUUUACACGUCUAGAGUUUUGGUGUAAUCACAAUAACAAGUUGAAUCGUGAUAUUGCUUUUAAUUGUAUCGAUACAUUUUUAGCUCAAAUUGCAAAAGAAAUGACUUCUGGUCAAAGAAGUAUUGAAAGUGAUCAAACUACUUUUAAGUUUUUUAUAAGAAAAUUUUAUUCAAUAUUUGAAAAUACAAAUAGUUCAACAUAUGAAAUAUCUAUUGCUAUUAGAGGAUGUAGUAGAUUUGCAUUACCAGUUAAACAAUUUAUUGGAGAAUGGGAGUUGAAAUCGCUGCUUGGCAGUCUGUUUAAAUUCUCUGAAAAGUUGAUGAUUGUCAAACUGGAAAACAUCGAAGAGAUUGUAAUGCAUUUGUCUAGUUUUAUCAAUGCCUUUUCAAAUAUCUUGUUUGAAAUCAAUGACAUUGAAUUUUGGUAUCUUGACCCAUUGGAACAAAUCGUUGGCACCUUUUUCAUCAUCUAUCCCUAUCUAUUUGAAAAACAACGUGAUAGAUAUUAUUCUGCCAUCAAUCGUUUAUUUGCUUCAUUAUAUUUUAAAGGUGAUUUCUUGAAAACUUUAUUAACUAGAAUUGUUCGACAAGGAAUGAUUAUAACAUUUUCAAAACCAAAUCUUUCAUUGAUAAAUUAUUUGAAUACAGGUGAUACACCUUGGUAUGAAGUGUAUAAAGAUGUUUGGUUUCAUUUAUUACAUCCUAAAAAAGAGGAUACUGAAUACAACAAGAAUAGAGAUACUCCACCUGUCAAUGCUGGAACUAUCACCUCAAUGAUCUACAAUGAAAUGAUUUCCUCUUUGAUUUCACUUAUUCAGAAAUUGGAUUUAUCUUAUUCUUCAAAGGAUGUUGAUGAUAUUCAUCAUAAUCCAGCAAUGAUCACUACUACUACUACUGCUGGUGCUGCAACAGAUCAAAAGAAAAAACAAGAUGAUGAAGAUGAAGAUGCAACGGAUGAAGAUGAGGAAUCCAACGACCAAGAGGAACAGGAUGCAUCUCAAUUGGUAAAUGAUGAUAAUCAAACAUUGAUUCCAUCAACUGCCAAGGAUAUCGAAUUAUUCCUAAACUUGGUGGAAUUUGUUAAAAUAUUCGUUCCAUACAAUCACCCAAAGUUACUAGUACCAUGGAUUUACAUUUUUGGCAAGGAAGUUAUUUUCACAUCGAAAAAGUAUCCUCUUAUCAGUGGUUUCUACAAGUUGAUGCAAGUGAUCAUGAAGGUUUGCAAAAAGGAAAAUUAUUUUGCAUUUAUUGAUCAGCAACAAAAGAAAUCAUUGACAGCUUCAAUUGACUCUGCUGCUAGUAAUAGUGGUGAAACCUUUUCAUUAUCCUAUUCAAUGGAUAUUGAUGAUGAUGAAAAUAAUACAACAACAAACCAGUCAUCAAAUGCUCCACAAAUCCAACUCGAAAUAGAAGAAGAAGAAAUUGAAAACAAAAAGAAUUGUUUUAUUCUAUUCAACAAAUUCAUUCAAGAAGUAUUAUCUUGUGGUAACCAAUUCAAAGAUGAAUUAUUGGCAUCUUGUAUUCAACUUUUACUCUCCAUUCCAAAACAACUCAUCGAUGUUGGUUUAUUAAUUCCAACUUUAAAAACUUCUUUUAAAUUAGGUUUAAGUUAUUUAAAAUUAGGACAUUCAGCAUUAAAUGCAAUUGAAUAUUGGAUUAAAGUUGUACCAUUACAAUUUGAAUGA